AUGGCCGAGCACCACAAACGGAGCGUUGCCGACGAGCCGGUGACGUCGGUCCUGCCCGACGGCGACGUCCCGUACGACCCUAACCACGAGUUCAAUGCGGACGAGGAGGUGCUCGCUGCGCUCGGAUACAAGUCGGAGUUCAAGCGCGAGUUCUCGCUGUUUACCACCUUCUGUGUCUCGUUUGCCGUCUUGGGCUUGCUGCCGAGUUUCGCGAGCACGCUGUACUAUGGCAUGGGAUAUGCGGGCACUGCUGGGAUGACCUGGGGCUGGAUUGUUGCUAUGAUUGGCAUCCAGUGUGUUGCUUCAAGCAUGGCAGAACUCUGCUCCUCGAUGCCAACCAGCGGCGGUCUGUACUAUGCAGCUGCUGUUCUUGCCCCAUCAGGCUGGGGUCCGCUUGCAGCAUGGGUGACUGGCUGGAGCAACUGGCUUGGCCAAGUCACCGCCGCCCCUUCGGUCGACUAUGGGGUAGCCGCCAUGAUCCUUGCCGCUGCAUCCAUCCAGAACCCCGCAUACGUACCUACCAACUACCAGACAUUCCUACUCACAACUUUACUCAUGAUCGUCCACGCAAUCAUGUCCAGCAUGCCGACCAGGUGGCUGGCCCAGGCGAACUCGGCUGGCUCGACUUUCAACAUCGUGGCUCUGAUCGCCGUCAUCAUCAUGAUUCCGGCCGGCACGAACCGUGAGGAGCAGGGCCUGCCGCGCUUCACGCCAUCCAGCGAGGUUUGGGGUACCAUCUACGAGGGAAUGGACUUUCCGGCCGGUAUUCGAGUACUGUCAAGCUUCAUCGGCGUCAUCUGGACGUUGAGUGGAUACGACUCGCCGUUUCAUCUGGCUGAGGAAUGCUCCAAUGCCAACAUCGCCUCUCCCCGGGCCAUCGUCAUGACCUCGACCGUCGGCGGCCUCUUCGGCUGGUUCCUUCAGCUCGUCGUCGCCUACACGGUCGUAAGCAUCGACGACGUCUUGAACUCGGAGCUGGGCCAGCCGUUCGCGGCAUACCUCAUCCAGUGCGUGCCGCAGAAGAUGGCCAUGGCCAUCCUCGCCCUGACCAUCAUCGCCGGCUUCUCCAUGGGCCAGGGCUGCAUGAUCGCCGCGUCCCGCGUCACCUUCGCAUACGCGCGCGACGACUGCUUCCCGCUGUCGCGGUACUGGAAGCGCGUCAACCGCCACACGCAGACGCCCGUCAACGCCGUGUGGUUCAACGCCAUCAUCGGCAUCCUGCUGACGCUGCUCAUCUUCGGCGGCGAGCUGGCGAUCGGCGCCCUCUUCUCGAUCGGCGCCAUCGCCGCCUUCGUCGCCUUCACCACCCCGAUCUUCAUCCGAGUCUUCUUCACCCGGGGCAACUUCAGACCCGGCCCGUGGCACUUGGGCCGCCUGAGCAUCCCCGUCGGCGUCGUCGCCUCGGCCUUCACGGCGCUCAUGGUGCCCAUCCUCUGCCUGCCCGCCACCGUCGGUGACAACCUCGAUGCUGCGGGCAUGAACUGGACGUGCUUGGUGUACGGGGCCCCAAUGCUCUUCGUGCUGAUAUGGUGGGUCGUGUCGGCGCACAAGUGGUUCAAGGGCCCGAAGGUCAACAUCGAGCACAUGAUGCUGGGGCCGGAUACGGAUGUGCUGGAGGGCAAGGACGCAACGCCACGUCCGGAGAGUUCGUCGGCAAAGGCUGCGGAGGCGGGAAGCACGGCCGGCGGCUCGAAAUAG